AUGGCACCCAUCCACAAGACACCCAGCGAAGAAGAGAUCGCAAAAACCCUCGGCAACCUCAAGCUGUCGCCCUCGCACCCCGAGAAACCCCUCAAGAAACCCAAAUCCAAGCCGGUAGCCGACAGCUGGGACGACGACGACGCCCUCAGCUCCUCAGACACCGAAACCGAAACCAGCAAUUCCACAAGCACAAAAAGGGCCAAGGCAUCAGAAUCCCAACAAGGCAAAUCCUCGCCCCAAGACGCCCUAAAACCCCUCUCGACAACCUCGUCCCACGACGACACCGACGUACCACCUAACCCCCCACCUCCCACCCCGGCCUCGCCCACGCAAUUCGAGUACCCGCACGGCGAUAGCAACGUGGGUUACAGCAUUGGCAGUGACGGACCGCGGAGUAGGAAUAGUCCUGCGAGUUUGGACAAGCGACCCGAGAAGACGACGGCGGUGGCUGGGAGGAUGAUUGCGGGGGCGUUGGGGGUGCGGGCGCCGAGGCGGACCGAGGAGGAGAGGGAGUAUGAUCGCGUUAUGAGGGAGAAGGAGAGGAAGAGGCGGGCCGAGGAGAAGGAGAGGGAGAAGAGGGAAACAGAGGCGAGGGAGGCGAGGAAGAAGGCUGUUUGGGAUGAUUAA